AUGGCGGCGCGUGGUUUAUUGUUAAUGGGUCAGUGCAUGCCCUGCAUAAAACAGAAUGCAUCAAAAAUACGCAUACGCCGCAUGGAAUUGGACAAAAACCUGAACAUGUAUUUUAAAAAGGAUACAUUCUUUUUUGCCCACGAUCCACAGAAGCUUUGCAAAACCGGCGAUGUAGUGCUCAUACGUGAGCUGCCCGAGCGCAUGACACGGCUCAUAACACACGCCGUGGAAAAAGUCGUCUAUCCACUUGGUGACAUAACCGAUCCGUUGACGGGCAAAAAGGUGGUGGUGGGCAAAUACCGUGAAGAUAUUGAAAUGGCCAAUCAGCUGUUUGGCAAGUCGGCAAAGGCUUUCGACUAUGACAAGGCGCCAGCGCGUGGACGCCUGGAGGGCAGCAAGGACUUUACACACGUUGAAACCUAUAUUAAGUAUCAUGAAGAUGGCAAGGAGCAGCCACAUGCCGUGUAGUGUAGUCUUUACCAAGUAAAAGCAAUACAAAACUAAAUACUAAAU